CGCACGCGAGGAGAGAGGCUGAGCCGCACGCACACAGCUGGAUGGAUAGCAACGUCUCCGCCACAGCAGUAGAAGGAUGUGAUUUUUCGAUAUUUAGAUGAACUUUGUCACUAAAAGAGAGCAGCAGCUGGACUCAGCUCGACUUACCGGGUUAACAUACAGAUGGUGUAAAUAACAGCUGGAUAGCCUACUAACACAGCACGCGACAACAAAAAACAAACAAACUGCUUCAUUUUAAUGAGUUGAUUUUAAAGAUUUGCGACCAGUCCAGAUAGCUACUGAGCAUCCGUCCAGUGAGCUGUAGACAGACACACAAACACACACAGACAUGAUGGAGUCUAUCUUAGACAGUUUAACGGCAGAGAAACUCUAUCCGUCCGGCGGAACCAACCUGUUGGACCUGGAGGAACUCAGCGAUGGAGAUUUCCUCACUAAUGUGCCUUUCUCAGGUGACCAGAUGGAUGACUUUAGCAGUGAAUUGUUCAGCAGUUUCUUUGACGACCAUCUAUUAGAGCGGCCCCUUCUGGCAGACAGACCUUCACCUUUACAUAUGGACAUGGAGGACAGCAACCCAGAUAUUCAAGCAGAGCACAGCUACUCUUUAAGUGAAGACUCCGCCCCCCAGAGCCCAGCCCUGUCAAUCAAAAUGGACCAUGAGUCUGAAUUUGAAUGGAGCUUCAGUCAAGACCUUUCGGCCAUAUUGGUGAAACAGGAGGAGCCUGAUGGGGGCCAAAGGUUAGAUCCUCAGCCACUGGAAGGCCCGCCUCUCAUAUUAAGCCCUGCCCCCCCACACAGAGGGUCGCCAUGGAAACACACGGAGCCCAAUCAAGACAGUGGGAAGCCAGUAGCCAUAAAAGAUGAACCCCGAGAGAUUGGACAGUACCUCAGCCUGCCCAGCGACGAUGCUCUGCAGCUCCCGCCUACCCCUCCCAGCAGUAACCACGGCGACAGUGACGGCUCCCUCCCUCCCUCCUCCCCGCACCUCCCUCUGCCACCGUCUUCCCCUCAACCACAACAGAGGCCAGGAGGUCGGGCCUCCUCCUCUUCCUCCUCCUCUUCCUCAGCCAUCUCUUCUUCACCUCUCCUCACUGCACCACAUAAGCUGCAGGGUUCAGGACCCCUCUUGCUGACCGAAGAAGAGAAGAGGACCCUGGUUGCUGAGGGUUACCCAGUACCUAACAAACUUCCUCUCACUAAGACUGAAGAGAAGGCACUGAAGAGGGUCCGACGGAAGAUUAAAAAUAAGAUCUCAGCUCAGGAGAGUCGGAGGAAGAAGAAAGAAUAUGUGGAAUGUCUGGAGAAAAAGGUGGAGAGCUACACGUCAGAAAACAGCGACCUGUGGAGAAAAGUAGAAAACCUGGAGACCGCCAACAGGUCUCUCCUACAGCAGCUCCAGAAGCUUCAAUCGUUGGUUUCAGGGAAAGUUGUCCCCCGUUCUUGUAAAAUGGCCUCAACUCAAACAGGGACGUGCCUCAUGAUGGUGGCCGUGUGUUUUGUCCUGGUGUUGGGCUCCUUCUCUCCCUGCUUCUCUCCCCUCUCCUUCCUCACUCACACUUCCUCUAUGUCCUCAUCCUCCUCUUCCUCUAAUCCCUCCUCCCCUCCUCCUCUUCCGCCAGCGGACCUCUACACCACUAGUCAGGUCCGUUCCCGCAGCCUGCUCUUCUUUAAUGAAGGGGCUCCAUUGGAGGAGAGUUUAGUGACAUCAGAAGGGGAGAGGCUACAGUCAGACGGCCUCAUCCAGACGAGCCGAUACACAGCUGACGCACACAGCAGCAACCAGACAACUGGGCCCGAGUUAGACCGGAGAGAAAUGAAACCAGACGGGGUCUCCGAGUUUUUCUGACACAGCCUGACCCCUCCUCUCAUGACUUCUAACCUCUGACCCCUAAAAAGCCCAAAACCUCCAGAUUCCUGAACUCAGCGGGCUUCAUAUCAACAUCCAACUGUCAGUCAGUCCACCAUCAUCCCUUUUAGUGUACCUCAAGACAAGACUUCCUCCAAUCCUUCACAGCCAGUUCACUGCCUUCACACGGUGCUUCACUUCUCUGCUUAAACAGACUCUGCUACACCUGAAUAUACUUGAUUUUAAAGGGACCAUCUAAUCGAAAUUUCUACUUUUAUGCACUAAAAUAUAGUAGAAUUUUAAAAAUCCAACUAAUCCAAUAAUUAAUACCGGUAUGCAUAGUUUAAACAAUCAUGACAAAUAUUAUAGAGAUAUUAAAAAAACAUAGGGCCUUAAUUAAAAAAAACUCUAGAGAAUAUACAGUAACUUACAGAUGCAAUUCGUAUAGUUUUAACAAAACAAAUCACUACAAACUAGUCAGACCAUUGCCAAGACAAUAUGAGCCACUUAAGCUGUGAUCAUGUGUUAUCUUAUCAUGUCAUGACAGACCUAAAGCAGUUGUUAGUUUUUGCUUCCUCACUUUCUUUCCAAAACAAAUUCAGUGUAGCGUUAGCAUUUAGAGGAAAAGCAACCUCCUUUUUGCAAGAAUAAGCAAAGAGCUUCAUGUGAAAUGUUGCAGGAAACACAGAAUGAUACACCUUUGCACCUUUAAGAACUCAUAAAUAUAUAUAUAUAUAUAAUAUGGAUACUUGCCAGACCUCGACUGUGGGAGUUUAUGUUAGCACAUGGUGCUUGUAUUUUACCUCCACGCCACUCUAGAUGCCCUACAUCGGGUCAGUGCUUUCAUUUUUAACCAAUCACAUACUGUAUGUCGAUAAAGGGCUGCAACUAAAGAUUUGUUUGAUUAUUUGUUAAAUUGGUUAUUUUUUUGAUAAAACAAUUAAUCCUCACAUUAGAGAAGCUGGAACCAGAGUACUUUUUUUGUUAACUGACUUAUGUCAUUAAUCCAUUAUCAAAAUUGUGGCUUAUUAACUUUCUGUCAAUCAACUAAUCGAAUACUCGUUUCAGCUCUAUGUUAGUAACAGUACAUAAUGAAUGCAACAUGUACUGCUACUAACAAACCUUUAAAAGAAAGCUGUGUCAUUUUAAAAGUGCCUUCCACUUACUUUAGUCAAAUAUGACCAACUUGGCCUUACACCUAAAGCCCACACACGCAGCUAUAAACCUGGAAACGUAAAUCUAACUAGAUUACACACUGUUAGUUUCAAUCAGGGCUGGCCUCUUGAUGCUCAUUUUGCCAUCUCUCUAGUUGUUUCUUUUUUUCUUUUAAGUAAUCAUAAACUAAUCAAUGUUCAGGAUUUAUCUGGGGGAAAUAUUUUAUUUCACAUGCCUGUGGGUGUAAAGGCUUGUCAAAUUCACCUUUGCCACCAGCCAGCCUUGGAUUGAACUACUUACCAAACAGUUGUGUGAUGUGUUUGCAGUCAAGAGUUACAACAAAAGUUUAGUUUUUCCGCUUUUUAAACCUAUCACUGCCGUUAAAUUCCAUUUUUCAUGUCCAAAUUCUGCAUAAUUUUG